UUUUGUGUGCUGAAUGAGAAGCUGCAUUGCAGAGCUGAAUACAACACAGCAGAACACACUCUCUCUCACACACAGGAACACAAUGAACACAAGACCUGGAUGAUCUCUGAUGAAGGUGAUAGGAUCAGAGGGACCAGAUAUCAGAAGAGCACACGGUGCUUGGUCUUUGUGAACAGACGGGAUGCUCAGCAUCAUCUGAGGAAGGAGGGGCUUUGGGCUGCUCUGCCUGUCCUCUUGCCUGCCAACCAAAUCACAUGAUCAAAUCUUCCACGUCCCGUAACCAUGGCAAUGAGCUCUGGACCAGUCUGCAUCUCAUGGGUGUAGGAAAGAAGGAAUAGGAAACAGAAAAACAGAGAAAGGAUACAAGAAAAAGGAGGAGGAAGCUCAGAAGCGACAGACGCUGUGCUCCGUAGUAGCUAUCAGGGAUGAAGAUGUCUGAAGUGUGGAGUUGAACCAGACUCCGACUAAGCAGGUCUGGAGAAGUCCCAUAGUCCCCUGUGUGGGGUGAGGGACCAUGGGAGAUGGAGGUGUUGGUGCAGCGGGAGAGGGGGUCAAUCAGUCACACGUUCUUUUUGACCGCUUUGUUCAGGCCUCCACAUGUAAAGGGACCCUUAAAGCCUUUCAGGAGCUGUGUGACUUCCUUGAGCUCAAGCCCAGUGAAUACCGAGUUUUCUACCACAAGCUCAAGUCCAAGCUCAACUAUUGGAAGGCGAAAGCACUCUGGGCCAAGCUAGACAAACGUGCCAGCCACAAGGAGUACAAGAAAGGCAGAGCCUGCACUAACUCUAAGUGUCUAAUUAUCGGAGCAGGACCAUGUGGCCUGCGCACGGCUAUAGAGCUUGGCUUUUUAGGAGCCAAGGUGGUCGUAUUAGAGAAGAGAGAUGCUUUCUCACGCAACAAUGUCCUCCACCUGUGGCCUUUUACCAUCCAGGAUCUGCGGGGACUCGGUGCAAAAAAGUUCUACGGAAAAUUCUGUGCUGGCUCAAUAGACCAUAUCAGUAUUCGUCAGCUGCAGUUGAUGCUGCUGAAAAUGGCUCUGCUAUUGGGGAUUGAGAUCCAUGUCAAUGUAGAGUUCAAAGGCCUCAUCGAGCCACCGGAAGACCAGGAAAAUGAGAGGAUAGGCUGGAGAGCUGAAGUCCAUCCUAAAACACACCCUGUUAGUGAGUUGGAGUUUGAUGUCAUCAUCGGGGCAGAUGGGAGGAGGAACACAUUGUCAGGAUUCAGAAGGAAAGAGUUCAGGGGCAAGCUGGCCAUCGCCAUCACGGCCAACUUUAUUAACCGCAACACCACAGCCGAGGCUAAAGUGGAGGAGAUCAGCGGGGUGGCCUUCAUCUUCAACCAGAAGUUUUUUCAGGAUCUAAGGGAAGCCACUGGGAUCGAUCUGGAAAACAUCGUCUACUAUAAGGAUGACACUCACUAUUUUGUGAUGACUGCCAAGAAGCAGAGUCUGCUGGAGAAGGGCGUCAUUCUGCACGAUUAUGUGGACACAGAGAUGCUUCUGUCCAGGUCGAACGUGGACCAAGCUGCUUUGCUGUCCUACGCCAGAGAGGCAGCCGACUUCUCAACCAAUCACCAGCUGCCCAAGCUGGACUUUGCAAUCAACCAUUACGGGCAGCCUGAUGUGGCAAUGUUUGACUUCACGUGCAUGUAUGCCUCGGAAAAUGCCGCACUGGUGCGCCAACGCAACGGCCACCAGCUGCUCGUAGCUCUGGUUGGAGACAGCCUUCUGGAGCCUUUCUGGCCAAUGGGGACGGGCAUUGCACGAGGCUUUCUGGCAGCAAUAGACUCUGCAUGGAUGGUGAAAAGUUGGGCACAGGGCGCGUCUCCUCUUGAAGUGUUGGCAGAAAGGGAGAGUAUAUAUCGUCUGCUCCCACAAACCACUCCAGAGAACGUGAGUAAAAACUACAGCCACUACACGUUGGAUCCCACAACACGUUACCCCAACAUCAGUCUGCACUUGCUCCGACCCAAUCAGGUACGGCAUCUUAUAGACACCGGGGAAGCCAGGGAAAUCCGUAUUGACAUGGAGAAUGUGGUCAACGCUUCCACUCCUAAACUCGCAAGGAAUGAGUCUGUAGCGCGCUCCAGCAAACUGUUAAACUGGUGUCAGAGGCAGACAGAUGGCUAUAGAGGGGUCAGUGUAUCUGAUCUCACCAUGUCAUGGAAGAGUGGCUUGGCUUUGUGUGCCCUUAUCCAUCGCUACAGGCCAGACCUCAUUGAUUUUGACUCGCUGGAUGAGAAGGACUUGGAGAAGAAUAAUCAGUUGGCAUUUGACGUAGCUGAGAAGGAGUUUGGGAUUUCUCCUAUUAUGACCGGGAAGGAGAUGUCUGUUGUAGUGGAGCCUGACAAGCUUUCCAUGGUCAUGUAUCUCAGCCAGUUCUAUGAGAUGUUUAAGGACACCGUGCCCCCUUGUGAAAAUCACAACCUGAGCCCAGAGGAAAAGGCUGCACUGAUUGCCAGCACCAAGUCUCCCAUCUCCUUCCUCAGCAAACUGGGACAGAGCAUCAACAUCUCGAGGAAACGCAACCCAAAGCAGGAUAAGAAGGAGAAGGAGCUUGACGGAUUGGGGAAGAGGAGAAAGACAAGUCAGGCUGGCCAGUCUGAAGAUGAGGAGCCACCAAGGCCGUUGCGCGAUGAGAGACCCUUUGUAGCCACAGAGCGUAGAUUGGACACCACAGCAGCGGCUAACAACAACAAGGUGAAGUCCAUGGCCACUCAGCUGCUAGCCAAGUUUGAGGAGAAUGCUCCUGUACAGUCUACUGGACUCAAAAGACAGAUUGACUCUAUGCCCGAACUGGGGCUAAUGCUGUCCCCCUCGCAGCCGUCUGCCACUCUGACAGAGGCAGUUCCUGCAUGGAGAAAGGCUAGCAGGAGCAGCGAUGGCCUGCGGAGCUGCCCUAAGAAAACCAUUCUGCUCUAUCCUCCUCCUCCUUCAUCAUCUUCCUCUCCAUCGCUGUCUACACACACACAGAAGGACGUUCACAAUCUGGUGAUAGAUGAAAAUAACAGUGAUGACGAUGACGCUCGGGAACAUCUGACGUUCUCUUACAGGGAAAGUGAGUUCAGAUCCGUGGAACCCGUCCGUUUCGCUAACAUUCAGGAAAGAGCUGAUAUGUUAGCUGCUAAGUUUACAGGGCAGUCCAACAAGUCUGAAAAACCCCAGCCGAUGAAAAAGCCGUCACGUUUCUUUCUUCAGCAGUGGCUUUUGAGCCACGGGUUACACCCCGGUCAGCCGUCCUGCUCCUCUGAUUCUCAGCAGGAGGACACACAGAGUUUGCGAAUGCACUCUGAUGAACAGGUGCCUAUACACAUCCCUAGUAUCCAGGAGCGAGCUGAGAGGUUAGCCUCUCUGUUUAAAGACAAGCCUGCUAGACCCAAGCCUAAGAAAAAGCCCUCGCGCUUUCUUACCGAGCAGUGGCACAGACAGCGAGAGGUAUCCACUGAUCCUCAGCUCACCUCACUAUCCUUGAACCGACAGCAUUAUAUAAAGAUGUAUACAGGUGGCGUGAGCUUGUUGGCUGAGCAAAUAGCCAAUCAGCUUCAGCCUCAAGAGGACCGCUGGAGCCGUCUUAAUGAGAGGGAAUUGGGUUCCUUGCGGAAAGAAUUUCCUCAGAACAUCGGAGGCAGCGAUGUGUGUUUCUUUUGCCGGAAGCGUGUGUAUGUGAUGGAGCGACUGAGUGCGGAGGGCAAGUUCUUUCACCGCACCUGCUUUAAGUGCGACUAUUGCGGCACAACGCUCAGACUUUCAUCAUACGCCUUUGAUGUGGAAGAUGGCAAGUUUUACUGUAAGCCGCAUUACUGUUACCGGUUGUCUGGGCAGGCUCAGAGGAAGAGACCUGCUCCUCCUCCUGCUGCUCCUCUCCAGCCAAAGGAAUCCCAGGCACCAGUGAUACCCCCAGCCAGCGUAGAUGCCCCUGGGCUUCCAUGUCCGGUGGAGCGUGGGCCCUCAGCUCCCGAGGUGAACGGCGUGUCUGAGCCCAGUGUGGCAAAGCGUCCUAAAGGAACUCCUGAGCGCAUUGAGCUGGAGAACUACCGUCUGUCCAUGCAGAGAGAAGAGGAGCUCGAGGAGGUGCCUGAGGAGACGCUGGCCGAGCACAACCUCAGCAGUGUGCUGGAUAAAGGCACGGACGUGGACGAGGGCUCCAGUAGCUCAGAGUCUGACAUGGAGGAUGAGGGAGAGGAGCUGGAGCCCCCGGCGCCCUCUGACCUCGGAGGGGUGCCGUGGAAAGAGGCCGUGCAGCUGCACGCAAAACUGAAGGCUGGCAGUGAUGCUGGGGCGAGCAGGAAGGAUGGAGAAAUGGAGGAAGAGGAUGAAGAAGAGGAGGAAGAGGAUGAUGAAGAGGAGGAGGAAGAAGAAGAGGAUGAAGAGGAAGAAUCAAGUGAUGAGGGGGAAUAUUACCCUUGGGAAAGGGAGCUCCAGUCAGGUCUAUGGCUGGAGAACCUGAACGAUGAAGAGGAUACGGGUACAUUUAAAGCCAGAAAUCUGCGAAUUCAACAAACUCUGCAGCUGAUGGACCCUAUGGAGGGAGAAAAAGAGGAGCGCUCAGAUUCGGGCUCUAUUCCUUCAUUCCUCACGCAGAACACGCAGCCUGUCUCCUGCACAGUCCCCACCCACAAAUCAGUGCGGCACGAGGCUGUCAGGGCCUGGCUGGACUCCAUGUCUGGAGAGCCCAGUGUCGAUGAUGAGGAAAAGCUUGAGGCUGAAGCAGGAAGCCCAGACAUUGAACCUGGCACCGAGCUGGAUGAAGACGACAUCCCUUCAGAUGCAGAAGCUGAAGCCCGUUCGCAGCAUGUUGAAGAUCCUGAGCUUCUUCCUGUAGACCCUGAGAAGCCAGAGAUCCUAGAGCAAGUUUCAAGAAUUGAGCGUAAAGAACGGGUGUCUGUAAGUCCAAAGGAAAUCAUUGUAGAUGUCAUUCUCACUAAAAUCCCAAAACCAAGUACACCUACUGAAGAGAUUAAAGACAAGUUGAGUCCAGUGCUGAUUAAAUCUCCAGGCACACGCUUUUUUCCUGAGCCCUUUUUGCCUGAUCAAGCAAAAGAGGUUAAGACGCCAAAUACUCCUGUUGCGGUGACAUCUCCAAUCUGCUCCCAACCAUUUUCCCUUCCAGAUACAGUUACACCCAAAUCUCCUGUCCAGGUUGAGUCUUGUGCCUGCUCACCUUCAGCCAACCCUUUAUCCCCAAUUUGUGCUCAGCCCCUACCAUGCCAGGAGCCCUCCUCACCGCUCUCUUCAGGCUCUCCAGUGAGGACUCAACCCGUCCCUGCAGUAACAUCCACUCCUCUGACGAAACCUGCCUCAGAGAGGACAACCACAGCAUCUCUGAAUCUAAAGGAUUCGACAGUGGAGACGCCAGACAAAAAGACAGACAUCAUUGAAGAGUUCUGGAUGAAGAGUGCUGAAAUCAGGAGGAGCUUAGGGCUCACCCCACUGGACAGGAGCAAAGUUGUAGAGAAGAGCAUUAUUAAAACCCCUACUUCAGAACCUGUACUGUCUAAACCCCAGAUCUCUGAGGCCAUACCGGAGAAGCCAGCAUUCACAAGUCGCACGAUCAUUCACAGACUCAAUAUUACUGUUGAGGGUCAGGUUAUCUCUCCUGUAGAACCCAAGAGUAGUAGCUCAGAGAGAAAGGAUCUAAGCAGUAGCUCGGGUCUGGGCUUGAACGAUAGCAACACGACUAGUCAGACGCCUACCUGUGACAGCAUUAACAACUCUGAUUCAACCAUGCUCACGCCUCCUUCCAGUCCUCCACCACCUCCACCAAAUGAGGAGCCAGCAACUCUAAGAAAAAAGAAGUCUCAAGUGUCUUGGGAGACGCUAUCUUCACCCAGUGAGAAACCUGAAGUGGAGAAGGCACCCGCCAAAGCUAAAACUCCUACUAGUCCAAAGCAGAAUAAAUUUGUGACGGUUCCAGUAGCUACUCCCAGAACCAAUCCCCCAGUGGUGAUGAGGACAAAGGAGCCCAAUAAACCACGGCGAGAAGAAGUGAGGAAGUCCUUUGCAGAAUGUGUAGAUGAGAUUCCAUUUGCUGAUGAUGUGGAGGAUACGUACGAUGAUCGUACCCCUGACACAAGCAUGCAGGAUAGGUUUUACACUCCACCCACCAGCAGAGUGAACAGGGACAAGCCUCCCCUCCAUCUCGCUUUGGCAGUGGAGAAUGGAAAACCAAACGUUCACGGAGGUCUCGUGUCCCGAUCGGCGAAAGUUCCCCAGCACUUUUCUUCUGAAGCCAAGGAAAUCGCAGAAGAGCGCAUGAGAGAGAGGGAGAAAUCGGUGAAAAGUCAAGCUCUUAAAGAUGCUAUGGCGAAGCAAAUUAAUAAAAUGAAAGAGGCUGAGUCAAGCAAGGGGGCUGUGGCCAAAGUGGCCUGGAAUGUUUCCGAUGUAGCCGUUAAAAACAAGAAGCGCUCAGGUUCUCCAAAGUCUUCAGCUGUGAAGGCCUUGGAGAGCAAAAAACAAGCAGAAGUGCUUCCCGACCGAUCCGUUAAUAAUCCUUUAAAUAAGAGCGUGGACAGUUCUGUCACCUCGUCUGAGAGCUCCACAGGAGGCAAGAGUAAAAAACGUAGCUCCCUUUUCUCACCACGUAAGAACAAGAAGGAGAAGAAGGCCAAAAAUGAAAGCAGACAUUCUAGUACCGAAGAGACCCCACCCAAACAUAAGUCCUUGUGGAAAGCUGUAUUUUCCGGUUACAAGAAGGACAAAAAGAAGAAAGAUGACAAGUCUUGUCCGAGCACACCUUCUAGUUCCACAACAGUGGACUCAGGAAAGAAGAAAGGAUUGUCAGCAGCAAGGUCCUCAGAUUUGCAUUUGAGAAGAAACCUCAGCUUUUCUGAGGACUCAGAUCUGUCCUGUGAUGAUGUUCUGGAAAGAUCUUCUCAAAAGUCCAAGAUGGAUUCUGUUUAUGUUCCUCAUGCAUUGGCGUUCAAGAGAUCAUAUGCCACAAAGAAGACAUACACAGAGGAAGAGCUGAAUGCCAAGCUCACACGCAAGGUCCAGAAGGCAGCUCGGCGUCAGGCAAAGCAGGAGGAGCUCAAGCGGCUCCACAGGGCUCAGAUCAUUCAGAGACAGCUCGAGCAGGUGGAGGAGAAACAGAGACAGUUGGAGGAGAGGGGAGUGGCAGUGGAGAAGGCUCUGCGAGGGGAAGCAGGGUUACAUAAAGGUUCUAGUGUUAGCCCUAAACAGCGCAAGAGGCGCUCAGACUAUUGGGGAGAAUCUAAUUACAGUGAGAUCCUGGACUUGCAUCUGGGCGUUGAGCCCUAUGUCGGAACCCCUCGCUGGAGACCCCUGUCCUUCUGCCCAUGCUGUUCCCCAGAAGGAAUGGGCAAAAAGGACGACCCGAAGCUGAUGCAGGAAUGGUUUAAGCUGGUGCAGGAGAAGAAUGCCUUGGUGCGCUAUGAGUCGGAGCUGAUGAUAUUUGCUCGUGAGUUGGAGUUGGAGGACAGGCAGAGUCGACUGCAGCAGGAGCUAAGAGAGCGUAUGGCAAUUGAAGACCAUUUGAAGACUGAGGCAGAGCUGGCCGAUGAAAAACGAAUCCUGAAUGAGAUGUUAGAGGUGGUGGAGCAGAGGGACUCUCUGGUGGCUCUCCUGGAGGAGCAGAGACUCAGGGAGAGGGAAGAGGACAAAGACCUAGAGUCUGUCAUGCUCUCCAAGGGCUUCAACCUCAACUGGGCUUAGAAGUAGCAGAAAAUCCACUCAACAUGAUCUUCACAACAUCACCAUGAGGAAUGUAAGGACUCGAUUGAGUCUGCCUGCCUCUCUCUAUGACAUUGAUGCAUCAUUCUGAUGUUUACGAGUCAUCCUGGCUCGGCUCAGGGUCGGUCUCUUCACCUGUCUUUCUUUGCGCUUCAGUGGAAGUCCAUUCAAGCCUUUGUGUCUGUACGAGACAUUUUUUCGUGUUCUUUGGUUUCAGAAAGGGAAUAAACAGGGACGUCAGAGACAUUCGAAAAGAAACACGGCUUUUGUAGAAUGUGCUGGUCAGCAGCUGUUACAGAGGAGAGAGAUCAUUGGACUCAAUAUCUAUACUUUUUUUUUUUUUACCUUGACUACUGAGUGAAAGUAGAAAUAUACUAUAGAAGAAAUGCCUUUGCUACCCACAAUGCAAUGUGGAGACAUGAUCAAUGGCAUUUUUAUUUUUUGCCACAAUCUAUUUCAAACAAUUCAUUUGACCAGAACUGUUUAGUAAUGUAUUUAUUCUACUUGUUUUACAGUAAAAGCAUGCAAUGAAUUUUUUUGCAUACUAAAAAGAAUCCUCACGUGUUCUUUAUUAAGUUAUGAUCAGGAAUUGGUUCGUUUUAUUCUCCCAUUAGCCAACUCAUAUCAGGACUAAAGGAAAUCUAAGUAAUCCAAGUAUAUCAUAUUGUACAUAAGACUUGGCCUUUAGCUCAUAUUCAUUGGUGAUACACUCUUGGUGAAGCUUCUCAUGUACAGUGUCUAGUGCUGACUCCUUGUUCUUUAAGGGAUCUUACACUUAUGUAUGUGUAAGUUUACUUACAGCUCUCUGAAAUUAAUUUCCACCUGCCCACUACAGUUUACAGGAACAGAGGAAUAUUGUGCAAAUAUAUUCACUCAUGGAAAUGCACAUGGGCAAUUGCAAUAUCAAUGUUUUUAAAGAUAUCUCAGUCUAGACAGUGCAUGAGAAAGUAAUAUACAAUUAGAUCAAUGAUAUGUGGGCUACAGUAUCUUUGUUUUGUUUUUUUAGAAUCCCUGACUUUUAUUUGAUAUCAGAUAUCAGUACGCCUAAGCAUCUCAGUUACAUCAUUUGUCUCCUGGAUUGCUGAGACUGAGCAAAUCCACUUUGUGUCUUCAUACUGGGAUGAAAAUCAGAAACUGCAUGCACUGGUUGUGUAGCAAAUUUGCCUUUCCCACUUAUUGUCCUAUUUACAUCCACAAUGUUUACUCGCCUUUACCAAGAUUUUUUUUUAAUGUAUUUGUUUUUAUAAAAAGAAAAACAUUUUUUACUACAUGUGGACAUUCACAUAUCACUAAUACACAGCAAGAAAUCUUCGUACAUUUGGCAGAAUCAUUUGUAAUGCCUUUGGACAAACUAUGUGUUUCGGUCACAUACUACGUAGGUCGACUGUACUUGUAUUUUAGCUUGGUCAUCAUUACCCUGUAUAGUUUUACACAGACUUUUGUAUGUAUGUACAAGAUUACUGUGAGCAAAAAAGUUACAUUCAACGUAAAAGCCUAGUUAUUUAGACUGUGUAAAUUGUUUUACAGAGUUUAUUGGUAUUUAUUAACAUGUGUGAAAAUGUAUUAUAUGUAAAGAAAACAAAAACCUAAUUUUUAAAAUUGUAUGUUGUCAAUUCUUGACAUGUGUAAAUGCUUUCUGGUAGCUAAUCUGCAUAUAAGACUUUGGAUGUAUGUUGGAAGGUAAUAAAAAUGAUUUUGUUCCUCA